AAGUUGAAGGGAAUUCAUUCAUUCCCCAUGAGAAAAGCAAAAAAAUAAAAAUAAAAAGACAGAUCAAAGUUUCUCCAAUUUUGUAUUUUAAUCAGAAUCAAGACCUGAUUUUUACAGCUUCAAAAUUCCAAAUCAAAGCCAGCGGCGAGAGAGCGAAGCGUACAUACCUUACUGUGCUUCGACACUGAGCCCCGAGUGCAAGUUAGCAAGCCCAGAUGAGUGUGGGCAAGCAAAAGCAAUUCAAGUCGCCGUCGCUGUUGCAGUCGCCGUCGUCGUCGUCUCCAAUGUUGUGCUCUUUACAACGAUCUCUUUUGACUCUCGCCAUCCUCACCUUGCUCUCCUUCAUCUAUUUCUCCCUCAAUUCCCUUCAUCCCUCCGCCUCCGCCUCCCCCACUACCGCCACCACCACUUUCAUCUCCUCCUCCGACGACGACACAGACAAUGAGCAGUUCUCCGACAUCUACCACUCGCCGGAGGUGUUCCGGUUGAAUUUCGCCAAGAUGGAAGCCAAAUUCAAGGUCUACAUCUACCCGGACGGCGAUCCGAACACGUUUUACCAGACGCCGAGGAAGCUCACCGGUAAGUACGCCAGCGAGGGCUAUUUCUUUCAGAAUAUCAGAGAAAGUCACUUCCGAACCGACGAUCCGGAUCAGGCUCACCUCUUCUUCAUCCCUAUCUCCUCCCACAAAAUGCGAGGCAAGGGUACAUCUUAUGAAAACAUGACCAUAAUUGUUCGGGACUAUGUGGAGAGCUUGAUAUCCAAGUAUCCUUACUGGAACCGAACCUUGGGCGCUGAUCACUUCUUUGUCACGUGUCAUGAUGUUGGGGUGAGGGCAACCGAAGGGCUUCCACUUCUUGUGAAAAACUCAAUUCGAGUUGUGUGUUCCCCUAGCUAUGAUGUUGGUUUCAUUCCGCACAAAGAUGUUGCCCUUCCUCAAGUACUUCAGCCAUUUGCUCUUCCAGCCGGAGGAAACGAUGUGGAGAACAGGACAACCCUCGGUUUUUGGGCCGGUCAUCGGAACUCCAAAAUUAGAGUUAUACUGGCACGAGUAUGGGAGAAUGACACAGAGCUUUAUAUAUUGAACAACAGAAUAAACAGGGCAGAAGGGAAUUUGUUAUAUCAAAGGAAGUUUUAUGAAACCAAGUUCUGCAUAUGCCCUGGUGGCUCGCAGGUUAACAGUGCUCGCCCAACUGACUCAAUCCAUUAUGGAUGUAUUCCUGUGAUAUUAUCAAAUUACUAUGACCUUCCAUUCAAUGACAUUCUCGAUUGGCAAAAAUUUGCUGUUAUACUUACGGAGAAGGAUGUAUAUCAACUUAAACAAAUUCUUAAGGACAUACCCUAUUCAGAGUUUCUUACGCUUCACAAAAACUUGGUUAAGGUCCAGCAGCACUUCCAGUGGAAUUCACCUCCUGUCAAAUAUGAUGCAUUUCACAUGGUCAUGUACGAUCUUUGGUUGCGCCACCAUGUGAUCAAAUACUGAUUCUGCCAGUUAGCUUUUUGUACACUUUCUGGCCAGCAAUUCAAAAGGUUGUAAAUCAUCAGAUACAGUAGUCUCGUUCUUCCUCCGUGAUCUUGAGGGAGGAAGGAAUUAGAGGUACAGGUAAUCGAAAGAUCUUACUAUUUGUUCGUUCUUUAUAUGGGGAGUAUUCCCACUUUUGUACCCACCUCGUUUCAUUCUGUAAUUCUUUUAGUUAAAAGAGAGACAAGAGGAGCAUUAUUCUUUGCUAUUGGACAAGGUAUUUAGUAUUUAGCGUUAUUUGAUUCAUGAA